AAGUGAUAGAGAGCUUCACAAAUGACACAAUAGUUAUCUUUUUAUUGAUUCAAAUGUGAAAAGAAAGACUUCGCGGAUCAGACACUAAUGUUGGCGCUCACCUAUAAUGCGGACUCAAAUUAAGAGACAUCUUUGUCACCUGUGGAACGGUAGACAAUGGGCUGUGCGAUCACCAAAUUCCACAGACGCCUCAUUGAGUCCACGAAAGGCAUCUCAUCAGUCAAUAUAGAGAUCGUCGACAUCCAUAAUCUCAACUCAUAUUUCACUGACGAAGAUAAUCCCAAUCCUAAGUGUAUCUUCAUUUUUGGUGGUUCGGGAUCUAAUAAGGGAGAGUUUAUUUGGGAACUCCUACAACUCAAUGAAACAAUUGCCGACUCUGAUGCCGGCGAAACUUAUACCUAUCACUACAUAGAUGUAGAAAAACUGAUUUUAGAUAAUAUUGCAAAACGUAUUAAAAAGCUAACAUCAGAGAAGACCACAAUGUUAUCCAAUCCCGUCACUAAUGUCGAUGAGUUUGGUCAAAACGGACACGAAUUGUGUCUCUCGGAAGCAACCAUUUGUCUCAACACCAGUUCCAGCGAUGAUCUCAAGACAAAAUUGCUUUUAUACGCUAAUAUCAUAACCACUAAUUGGGUGUUGAGUCUGAUUACCAAAGAGAUAGAUAAAUUAUCCGUUGACUCCAAGGAAAGGGUGUUUAUAAUUAAUUUGAUACCCAAUCGGAUAAAUAUGUUCCGAAACUGUCUGUUCUUGAAACAGGUGCCGAGUUUUGUCAACUUUCACUUCAACUAUAUCGCAAUUAAUCUGAUCAAGAAUACUUCAAAACGUAAAGAUUUGGACCAAAUGACCAACAAUUGUGGUUACGAUGAGGUGAACAAUCUCUUAAGUUUCAUCUAUAGUCCUAAAAAGGAUGGCAUGGAGAUCGACAUCAAUGGUCUCAAUUUGAACAAAUCAAACAAAUUACAAAACGGAUUGAUGUUUAUGAUCAGCAAUGAGAUUGAAAUCGACGAAAAUCUGGUCUUCGUUUUCGACGAAAACAACUUCAGUGUCGAAACUUCCAAACUACUGUAUAUAUGA